GUGAUUCAUUGGUCGAUGGGCACCCGGUCAGACCGUCUUAUCGUCCUGUCUAUAAGACCGUCACCGUUGGCACGCCUUCUCUUAGCAGCUCUGCUCCUGCAUCGCCGGAGCUGCCUCGCCGCUGCAGACUGUCCCCCACCAUCUCCUGCGAGCCGCGACGAGAUGGGCAAAGCAGCGGUGUUGGUGGUGGUGUUCGACUUCGAUAGGACCUUAAUCGACUGCGACAGCGACAAUUGGGUGGUGACAGAGAUGGGUCUCACGCAGCUCUUCCGCCAGCUCUACCCCACCAUGCCAUGGACCUCUCUCAUGAACAGAAUGAUGAGGGAGCUCCAUUCGCAGGGCAAGUCGGUGGAGGACAUCGCAGAGUGCCUUAAGCGAGUCCCUCUGCACCCACAAGUCAUCUCCUCCAUAAGAGCAGUCCAUAGUCAUGGGUGUCAGCUGAAGAUAGUUAGUGAUGCGAAUCGGUUCUUCAUAGAGACGAUCUUGAAGCAGCACGGGCUACUGCAUUGUUUCUCGGAGAUCAUUACGAAUCCGGCCUUUGAAGAUGAGGAAGGCAGGCUCAGGAUUGUUCCUUUCCAUGAUACUGUCUGUUCUCCUCAUGGAUGCAGCUUGUGCCCCCCAAACAUGUGUAAGGGCAUAGUUCUCGACCGGUUCCUAGCUUCUGAACUCGGAGAUGAAAACACGAGAUUUAUCUAUCUCGGAGAUGGGAAAGGUGACUACUGCCCGUGCCUGAAGCUCAGAACACAGGAUUUCUUGAUGCCCAGGAAGGGCUUCCCUCUCUGGGAAAAAAUUUGGAGCAAUAGGAACCUUGUCAAGGCUCAAGUCCAUGAAUGGAGCAACGGUGAUGAUCUUGCAAGGACCCUAAUUGACCUUCUCGACAGAAUUCUGAAGAACCUCGACGCAUGCCCACUUGACUUUACCCAUGAAGCACCAUUGCGGAGUAUUCCAUUAUAACUCUUCUCCUCCUCCUCAAUUAUAGGCUCGGCCCUAAGUUUCUGAUCGUGGAAGCGUGUUAUCACUUCUAAUUUAUUGUACUGCAAUGACACAAAAAAAAUGGAAAGGUUGAUUUCUGUC